UAUUUUUGGUUUGAGACUUUGAGUGAUGAUGGAAGCAGAUUUUACUUCUGGAGAAGAGGAUGCAUUGGUAUUAGUGUGGGUGCAGGUAUACUCAUGUUUGGAAAUCGAAAUAGUAACUGAUAUAAGUUAAUUGGCCUAGUGGUCAACAAAGUGGAAGGAGACCCAUGAGGUAUCAGUUUCAAAUCCUUGUUCUUAUCCUUUGCCUAAGCCUUGGUGUAAGCAGAGAUAUCUGGUACCUAUGUUGGUGGGAGGUACCGGGUAUCCAGUGAAAUAAUCGAAGUGCGCACAAGAUGCCCAGACACUACCAUCAUUAAAUAAAAUAAAAGAACUAAUAUAAGCGAAUCAACAUAUCCGCCCGAAGAUAUGGGGGUGUAGGGUUUACGCUGGUACCCUUUGUGGCAAAGAGUGAUGAAUGAAGUUCAUAUGUUUUUAGGGGAUUCUAGUUCUUGAAUAUAGGAGAUCUGGAUACUUAGACUAAGGUUACUAAACACUCUCAAUUACUGGAUUUAAUAUUUACUGGAGUUGGUGAUUUUCGUACUAAUAUGACUUGAAGUUGGAUAACUGUUGAUAUUUUUUUUUGAUGAAAAAACUGUUGAUAUUUUAAUUUGACAAUUUUAAUAAGUGCAAGUAUUUCAACAUACAUAUCUGAUCACCAAUAUGUGCUACUACGUGUUGGUUCCGAACUGAAAAAGGCUACUAGUGAUAAUUGUGAAAUAUUUCUGUUAGUUACAUCAAGGAAAACUUUUUCCUUCAGGAAAUACAUUUAAUUAAGCAAUUCUUUUAGCGUAAUGAUAGGUUUAGCUUUUUGGCUCAAAGCAUUAACGCUCAAUAGAUUUAGCAGUGUUCCUUUUUGAAAUAACAAAUGUUUCUUUUCAUCAAUAUCGAGUACAUUCAACUAUAAUUGUCGAAUGAGAUUAGCUAACUAUUCUUUAGCUGAUGUCUUGGAUACCAAUCUGCACAAAACAAGCAUGAAAUGGAGAGGUAGCAAGAUGGUUUGGCAUGUCACCUAUUCAGUUAUUAGAAUGUUCUUGUCUCUUCGACAUGAUAUACUUAAGAAGAAGCUAAAGGUUUCUCAAUCAAAUAUGGUUUAUCUUAGUGAUAUGAAGAUUGUUAUUCAAAAAGAGAGAAAAGAUUACCCAUGCAUUACGUCAUAUUAGGAUGUAGAUUUAUAUUGAUUAUUUAUCUUGUAUGUUUCCCUGUUCUUUCUUGAUGAGGUGGUCUGAUUUUGCAGAUGCAUCUGGUAGAAAAAUGGAUAACCUUCAGAUGGUACCAAAAAAUUUCUUCGCAUCAGUCAACAGCGGAGAAGAGAAACCAUUUGAUUUCUUACGUAUACUAUUUGAGGGUGUCAUAGCAGGAGGGACAGCAGGCGUUGUCGUUGAAACAGUUUUAUAUCCCAUUGAUACAAUAAAAACACGACUGCAGGCAGCUCGUGGUGGAGGACAAAUAGCCUUGAAAGGGUUGUAUUCUGGGCUUGCUGGAAAUCUUGCUGGAGUCCUACCGGCUUCUGCCAUUUUUGUUGGUGUAUAUGAACCGGCAAAGCAAAAGUUAUUGAAGAUGCUUCCCGAAAAUCUUAGUGCUGUGGCCCAUCUUACUGCUGGUGCUUUAGGAGGCAUUGCUGCUUCUUUCGUUCGUGUUCCAACUGAGGUCAUUAAACAGCGGAUGCAGACUAGGCAAUUUGCUUCGGCUCCUGAUGCUGUUCGCCUAAUUGUUUCUAAGGAAGGUUUUAAAGGUCUUUAUGCGGGAUAUGGGUCAUUUCUACUUCGAGAUUUGCCAUUUGACGCCAUCCAGUUUUGUAUCUAUGAGCAGCUGCGGAUAGGUUAUAAGCUGGCAGCAAAAAGGGACUUGAAUGAUCCAGAGAAUGCUGUUAUUGGUGCCUUUGCUGGUGCUCUAACUGGAGCUAUAACUACCCCUCUUGAUGUCAUUAAGACGAGAUUAAUGGUUCAGGGUUCUGCCAACCAAUACAAAGGCAUCGUUGAUUGUGUGAGGACUAUUGUUGCAGAAGAAGGAGCUCCAGCACUUCUAAAGGGCAUCGGGCCAAGAGUGCUGUGGAUAGGCAUUGGCGGAUCAAUAUUCUUUGGUGUUCUUGAGAGGACAAAGCGAUACCUUGCACAAAAUCGUCCUGAUAAUGCAGCCUCAAAGCAGGAUUAGCUUCUAUACUUUCUUGCAACUAGCUGCAUGUUAUGGAUAUAUAGAAUUUAGUUACUACUCACUAAUGGCGGUCUGCAGAAUGUUGACUCUGCUAGAAAAUAUUCAUAGAGGUAAAGAGCUAAGCUGUCCAUGGAAUUACUAUACAAAUUAGCAACAAGAAGUAGCAUCUUUUGUCAGAAUGUGCCCAAGUGAGAUUUUGUUACUCGGAAGAUUUUUAAUUAUUAUCUUCAGGUCUUAAUGUGUUAAAAUCAUGCAAAUCAGUGAAACAAGCCAAUUAUUCUUUUAUGUUAUUUGGGUGAGAAUUUCUGUUG